AUGCCUCCACCUCUGAUAGCCCUCGAAGAGCACUUCGACUCCAACAUCAGCACAGAAAGAGACGCCCUCCACAUGAACAUGCCAAAACAUCUAACCGACAAACUCUCAGACAUCAGUGAAAACCGCAUCAGCGACAUGGACGCAGGCGGCCUGAAACUCCAAGUCAUUUCCCAUACGGGCCUUAAUUAUUCGGCCCUAGAAUGCCGACAAGCAAAUGAUAAGCUCGCCGCAGCAUGUCGACAACAUCCCAACAGACUAGCUGGAUUCGCAAUGCUGCCAAUGCGAGACCCUCAAGCCGCGGCCGACGAACUGGAACGAACCGUGAAGUUGCAUGGAUUUCUUGGAGCUCUGGUCAACGACCACUUAGCUGAUGGGACCAAAUACGACGACGAGAAGUUCUGGAAGGUCUUUGAGAAAGCUGUGGAGCUGGAUGUACCGGUUUAUAUUCAUCCGAGUUACCCUGGCACGGAUAUGGAGAAGCACUAUCGGGGGAAUUUUGAUGAGGCGGCUACGAUGUUGAUGAGCACGGCGUCUUGGGGCUGGCAUUCGGAAUGCGGAUUACAUAUCCUGAGACUCUUCGCGGCUGGGCUGUUCGAUCGGUUGCCGACGCUGAAGGUUGUCAUUGGGCAUAUGGGGGAGAUGUUGCCGUACAUGCUGCCUCGCAUUAUGAUGACUACCACGCGGUGGGGAGGUUCCAUCAAGCGGGAUCUGCGAACGGUGUGGAAAGAGAAUAUCUGGGUGACGACGAGCGGAUUGUUUGCGCUGCCGUCGCUUGAGCUGCUGCUGAAGACAUCGCCGAGAGACAAGGUGAUGUUCAGUGUGGACUAUCCAUUCUCGACGCCGGAGAUGGGACUGAAUUUCGUGAGAGCGAUUGAGGCUUCUGGAUUGAUGGAUGCGGAGCAGCUCGAGGCGUUCUGUCAUGGUAAUGCGGAAAGUCUGCUUAAGGUCUCGCUCAAGUAA